CCUCGGGCAGAGAGGGAUGGCGGUGGACAAGCAGGACUGGGAGCAGCAACGGUACUUUUGCUCUCACGAUCUGCAUCAAGAUUGGCCUUACAACCCUGUAGACAUGUAUGUACACGUAAUGACAUGAUUGAAUCAGCAGCUCAACUGCCUGUCGGUUAUUCGGAGUCGGUCGCGCCGAAGGGGUCCUGCACUACGAAGGAUUCGAGGGGAAAUAUAUGCGACAGGACAUGCGGACCCCAUCGCCUUCUUUCUUCAGACGGUCCAAGGUUAGAGUCUACCGUCCUCUCCGACGUGUUGUUCUAUCAUGGGAAGGAAAAGGAGCUCACGAGCAAGUCGUAGCGGUGGCAGCAGCAGACGCUCCAGUCGACCCGAUAGUGUCAGUUUACGCCGCAGAAACUCAAGUGGCGCGGGAAACUUCGACGGCAACUCCUCCUCCUCGCUGGCUACUGGCUGUUCAAGUAGCGCUUUGAACAACACCACGAGUGCUAGCAAUGCCACUGCUAAUGCUGGGUUCUACAUGGGUUCACAAGGCUGCGCCAUGACCGAGCACUUGAGCUUUGACAGUAACAUUCGCAAAUCGGCGGCCGCAGCAGCAACAGUAGCAAGAGAUUGGCGCAGUGGGAGUGGUGGGGCACGCAUGUCACUCUCCGGUCCAGGCAGCGGCAGCAGCAGCAACAACCGGCGAGCAAAUGCUGACAACGACACCAAGACUACGGUCUCCCCUCAUCGCGGCCAUGCGGGGGCAUCUGCCACUGCCGCCGCCGACAUGGAUGACAUGGAUGACGACGAUGAAGAUGUUGAUGAUGGUAGUGGUGAUGCUGAUAGCACUGGUCCGUCGAAUACUCUGCACUCUGGCAGCAGGGACGACCUACGGGACAGACGAAUGAGGGCGACACUGCGAGAGCGAAAACGGCAGCAGCAUAUUACCGUUGCACUGGGACGACUACGCCGAGCGGUCCCCAUCUACCCUGGUGCUGGCAGGACGUCCAAGAUUCAAGUACUACACCUGGCAAUUAACUACAUUCGCGAUUUGUCCGAGCUCCUGUGCGAGUAUGACGGUCAAGCUCCAUGCUUGAGUGUGCGGGCGCGCCUGCAGGCCAGCAACGUAUUCUCGGACACCAGCAUGACAGCAAGCAACGACGGUGACAUUCGCCUCGCAGCCCACCAUUCACAUAAUAAUCAUCAUCACCACCACCAUCACCACCACCAACAGCAACAACACCAACAGCAGGAGCAACACCAGCAGCAGGAGUCCCGCCGAGGAGGGCAGGAACAUCGCAGUCGCAUGCGGUCCAGGUCCGCCGGCUCCAUGUCCCUCCGCAGCGGAGCCGGUGUGUCUCAAGCCUCCACCAGCAAUACAGCCAAGACACCAUCAUCCACACCACUCACCACCAUGGUCGAUGCAUCCUGCACAGGUCUUUUGCCUAUUUAUCCGUUGGAUUAUGGCCAAGAUGUGCAAUUGCCCUCGCCAGAUAGUUUCAACUCCACAGUACCGACUCAUGAUCAUCUUACUAGCGCAGGGCAUGUUGACGCAUCACGUUAUGAUCCUGAAGGCUGGUUUUUCAAUCACAUGCUAAUGCCUACUUCCACCAGCAACUUUGGAAGUACGCCGAGCUCCACGGUCGCCGCCGCCGCCGGUCUCGGAGCCGCGCCGACGUCUGAUACUCCGGGCCUGAUUUCGGACAGUUCGCUGCAGCGGCAUCAGGUCGCUAACGACUGCGGCGGGCUGUGUGAUUCUCCGCCGUCCAGCGGGAACAGUUCUGCCAUGCAGAAUCCUCACUCAGCCUCGCCUUCGCCUAGCCAGCAACACGCUGCGUGGAGGAUGGCGCGAAGCACAGAGCACCUUGCCAACUACUGUAUGUUUAGCGGCGCAGCGACAAUGGCCACCACUAGCACUGGCACCCCUGCACAACCUUACGUCACUACUUGGAAAGAGCCAGACGCUGACGACCCAGUCAGCUCGUACACACUUCCGGCGAGCUCAUUCUUCCAGUACGCCGAUAUGGCGUUUUUUGGCCAACAGGGCCAGCCAGGAGCUGCGGGUUUCACUCACCAACGACAGUGGAAUACCACACAUUCUCUGUCCGCCUCGGGGGCCGCCGGCGCUCCACCUACCUCGCAUCCUAUUCGAAUGGCGGAUCCCGCUGCAAUGUCAGCUCAACUGCAGCAGACACUAGCAGUAGGGGUGCAGCAACAACACGCCAUGUUGGCCACAUCCGCCAGCACGGUCCCUCAGCAAACAAACCGAGGCCACCAACCCCAUCCGCACCAGCAGCACCAGCAACAACUGCUCGCUGCCACACAACUCUCUCUGCAGCAAUCGCAGCUGAUGCAGCAAAGGUCGCAGCAACUUAUCCAGCACCAGCAGCGGCAGGUACAGCUCAAGUUCCACAAACAAGGUCAGAAAGAAGCAAAGAAACCGCAUCCCGGACAGGACCAGCAAGGGGAAGUAAGCCAACAAGACCAGAUGCACCAGGACAUCACUCGUUCUGAGACUCGGCAGAAACCUGCAUCGGAUCAUCAGCCAAUAGUGCCAAGCCAGCAACGCCACGAGGCUGGCAUAGUUUCCUGUCCGCAGGUCCCCGCCACCCAGCAUGAUGGCGAGGAGAAUGGAGGUGAGAAGGACGUCGUGAGUGUCGCCGGCAGGAACACUCCCAACAGCUCUAGCAGCAGCAGUAGCGAGAGCAGCAUCAGCGCUGGUAUUAGCAGCACGGCAAGCAGCUGCACAGGAGGUGAUGCCGAUAACGUUAGCGAUGCUGAUGAUGGUGGAGACGUAACAGAUACGAAUGCCGAUCCAGCAGCAGAAGACAGCAACACACCACACUCUGACUGCAUUGUAACAGAGAGUGACCUGGCGGCGACCCACGUCCAAGAAGUAUAUCCAAAGGCUGGCAGUGCGUCGGGUGGCGCAGAACUAUUGCCGCAUCCUUGUCUCGACAAUGCUAUGCUUGAUGUAGGUGCAGGACCAGUCAUCAGCGGACUUGAGCAAGGCGAUCUGGACCCGUGUGUGUCUGCGCCACAAGUGCACGCGGAUGCACAGCAGCAGCGAAAGCAGCAACCAUUGUGGAACGCAAACGAUCAGUAUGCUUGUUCAUCCAGCAGCGAGAAGGAACUCAGCAUAGUGGUGCCAGCAUGCGACACAGCCAGUCCGCCCAGUGAUGUCUCCUCGCCCAUGUACUGCUAUCGCAGUGGCGACGAGGACGUCGAUCUGGAUUUGCCGGAGCUGCAACUGUUGGACACUGAACAUGAAAACUGAGUCUGAGGGUCCCCCCCCCCCCUACUCUCCGCUCCCCGCGACACACAUCAUUGAAAUAUAUUCCAUUGUCUGGACUUCUUUACACAAAGAUGCAUUAUUGGCCACUUUCAAAAUACAACGCUACACUUUGUCCCUCUAAUAGUUACAGUCUGCAUACAUAAGCUCAUUGAAGAUCAGUGUACUGUUCUGUGAAGUCCAAAUCUGUACAAUAGCCCGAUGGGGCUGCCUCAAAGAUGACAACAUAUUUUUUCCUCGACUUACUUCUAUUACGAAGUAGUCAGUCAAGUGUCAAGUAAAGUCGGCGGAAUAGCGUGAGCUCCAGUGUGGGGAGCAAACCCUUUCUUACUUCUAUUAUACAGUUAUCUCACCCCUCAAAUGAUACCAAGAGUACAUCUAUUUAAGCUCCCAGGGAGCUGAUCUUACUCUUGAUAAUACCAAAACUGCUAAUCACUCCUGCUGACUCGGGGACUGCACAAUUGUGAUAAGCCACUUAUUAGUAUCUAUCUUCGGUGUAUCCUCCAGGUCGUUCGCUAUUUUCCAUGAGCCCCAAGGAAAAUUAUGCUUUUCGCGUCCCUCGAAAAGGGCAAACAUUGCCAGAAAGCUACAGAAUUUGAACCGUGAUGAAAAUACUGAUGAAGCGCAUUGACCUGUUGUCGAGCUUCCUCUGCAAUAUUA